GACUGGGAUUCUGUGGUUCUAGUACUAUGUAAUUGCUACGGGCUCAUUGCGGAGGACUCCAUGUGGCCCUAGGGGGGAAAUACAUCAUGAUUAUGGCUACAAUAUCCUUUCACUACUUCCCCUAACAGAGCUCUGCCACUGAAUCAUGGCGUCACCAUCUGAGGAGAAAAGAAGGACCCAUGUCAUCACUAUAGAUCCAGAAGAAACUGUCUUGACUGCCUUUCCCUACAGACCUCAUAACUCUCUGCUGGAUUUCCUGAAGGGGGAGCCAAAAGUUUUGGGGGCUAUCCAGAUUCUGCUUUCUCUGAUCACUGUGGGCCUUGGGAUUAUAUUAGCAUUUAAUUUCAUCUUUUUCUCCAAAAAAUUUCCUCUCGUGAUCCUCACAGGAUAUCCAUUCUGGGGAGCAUUUAUUUUUUUCCUGACAGGAUUCAUCUCAGUGUUCGAUGAUAAAUCAAGACAAAUUCUGGGACAAGGAAUCAUGACCAUGAAUAUCUUCAGCUCACUGGUUGCGUUAGCUGGGAUGGCCUUGAUCUUCAUCAGCUUCACACAGCAGCACAAAUUCUGUCAGACGCCCUCCCUCGACGGAGCAUGUGUUGUAGGCAGAACACUUCUCCUUGGAAUUCUGUCAGUCUUAUUAAUCAUCACCAUAGCAGAGUUCAGCAUCUCUGUGACUAUUGCAUCCUUAAGAAGCAGAUGCUGGACCAGUUCAAGAGAGGCUGUAUUCUUUUUUCCCUCAGAAGUUCCUCAAAAUACUGAACAGCCUGUGCCAGAAGAAAAUAAUCAAUUACAAUUUGAGUUUCAAGGAAAAUCUCCCAGUGGUAAUACAGCUUCAAACAUAAAAACCAUUUUCUUAGGGGGUUAUGCUUUCUUCAAGUUAAGAGUCUCAAGAAAUCCUUCGGCUCCCACAGCUCCCAAAAAUAUCCCACAGAAAAGUGAUAAGGGUACGUCUUCUAUGCGUGUUCCAGAUGAACAGGAGACUAUUCCUCAACUUCCACAAGAGGAAAAAACUAAACUAGAUGCUCUACCUCCCCCAUUAACACCAAAGUCUUCAGAAAAUAUUCCUUCUCUGAAAGAGUCUAGAAGCAAUAACCUGAAAGAUGAGGACCUAGAAGCUAUUACACGUCAAACCUCUGAUCUGCAACCCAAAUUGCUUGACAACCAAAAUGUGUCACUUGCAUCUCUCAAAACUCCAUCCUCACAUGAUUUCCUCCCUUUGUUACCUGACACUUUAUCAUCCCAAACAUUAAUGGCAGGUCUGUCAACACAAGUUUUACGAUCUAAACCCCCAUCAUCCCGUUUUUCUUACGAUCUGACAUCUGAAGACUUGCCUUUGGAAGACAUGCCAUCUCAAGAAACUCCAUCCCAAGACACCCCAUCCCAAGACAUGCAAUUCCAAGAUACACUAACUCAAGACCUACCAUUCCAAGAGACUCUAUCCCUAGGGACUCCAUACCAAGAGCUGUCAUUCCAAGAUAUACUAACUAAAGACAUGUCAUUCCAAGAUAUUCCAUCCCAAAAGACUCCAUCCCAAGGAAGCCCAUACCAAGAUAUCCUAUCCCAAAAGACUCCAUCCCAAGGAAGCCCAUACCAAGAUAUCCUAUCCCAAAAGACUCCAUCCCAAGGAACCCCAGACCAAGAUAUCCUAUCCCAAAAGACUCCAUCUGAAGCAUACCAAGAUAUCCCAUCCCAAAAGACUUCAUCCCAAGGAACCUCAUACCAAGACAUCCUAUCCCAAAAGACUCCGUCCGAAGCAUACCAAGAUAUCCCAUCCCAAAAGACUCCAUCCCAAGGAACCCCAGACCAAGAUAUUCUAUCCCAAAAGACUCCAUCUGAAGCAUACCAAGAUAUCCCAUCCCAAAAGACUGCAUCCCAAGGAACCCCAGACCAAGAUAUCCUAUCCCAAAAGACUCCAUCUGAAGCAUACCAAGAUAUCCCAUCCCAAAAGACUCCAUCCCAAGGAACCCCAGACCAAGAUAUCCUAUCCCAAAAGACUCCAUCUGAAGCAUACCAAGAUAUCCCAUCCCAAAAGACUGCAUCCCAAGGAACCCCAGACCAAGAUAUCCUAUCCCAAAAGACUUCAUCUGAAGCAUACCAAGAUAUCCCAUCCCAAAAGACUCCAUCCCAAGGAACCCCAGACCAAGAUAUCCUAUCCCAAAAGACUCCAUCCGAAACAUACCAGGAUAUCCCAUCCCAAAAGACUCCAUCCCAAGCAACCCCAUACCAAGAUACCCCAUCCCAAAAGACUCCAUACCAAGAUACUCUAUCCCAAAAUACCUCAUCUCAAGAAACUCCAUACCAAGAUACACUAACUCUAGACAUACCAUCCCAAGACACACAAGAGAUUCCCUCCCAGGAUACUGCAUCCCAGGAUAUGAAAUACCAAGAUGUACUAUCUCAAGACAAACUAUCCCAGAGCACACAAACCCAAGAUUCAGCACCCCAUGACAUGUCAUUCUCAGAUCUUCAAGUACCAAACACUCAAGUUCAAAGCCAGCAACAUCCAGAAAUAAUUUAUAGGGACAUUCGAACAGAAGUCAUGGAGUUGACUCAAGAAUGGAAGUCUGCUAUAGGCAAGAAAACCCCAAGAAGACUUUCCUUAUCCUUGAAAGGCACACAUGAAAAAGUCUAUCCCAAGAGACAUUCCCUGGACCUGCAAAGCAAAGGUGACAAACCCCCAAGGAGACAUUCUGUAGACUUACAAAGGAAAACUUCAAGACGGAAAUCCAUAGAUCAGCAAAUCAAAGCCUGGCUGUCCCCAAAGAAGCACACCACAGAUAAACAAGAUGCAAGUACUCAAACCUCAGAGCAAUUUCUACAGCAAGCUAGUCAGCAGCAGGCAGAUGAGGAGGAGGUCCCAGUACAAGAUUCCCAAGAUAAGCAAAGCAAAGACCAAAAAUCUGUAGAGGAACUAUACCCAGAAGAACAGCUUAGUAACAAAGAGGAAGAAGAUCAGCAGUCUAAUAAAGAGCAACCUCCAGAAGAACAAGCUCAAGUUCAACAAGCUGAAGGCCAGCAGCCCCAAGAGCAGAAAGCCCCAAAGAUCCAGUCCUCAAACUGGCAACAAAGACAACAAGUGCUAGUAAAGAGAGUCCCAUUGCAGUCGUGUGAGGACUGGGACUCCCAAAGCUUUCAGUUUACAGAAAAGUCAUGUUCAUACUGGUCAACUUCAUCCUGGCAGCCUGCUAGCCUGGGAUCCCAAGACUGGAGAAGUCAAGGCUGGAGAAACAAAGAUUGGAAAGCACAAGAAUGGCAGUUCGAAAUACAUCCUUCCCUAGACUGGGAAUCCCAAGAGCUAUUAGAGAGAGAAUCCUUAAGGCAAAGGGCACUAUACCAAGAAAUCCAACCCCGCAGCACCAUAGUCCGAUACACCCAAGAUCACCAAUUGCAUAACUUUAUAUUUCAAGUAGGUCUGUGUCAAGGUAACGACCAACAAGACUCUGAAUCUAGUGUUGUAAGAGGAGAUACGUAUGCAGAUGAUGUACAAGCAAGAGACAGAGAACCUGGAGACACAGAAGAUACAUGCCAGAAACCAAAAGAUGAGCAGUCAGAAGACAUGAGGCCAGAUAAUUAUCCUGCUUCUUGUCAGAGCUUGGUUCCAUACACAUAUGUAACCUGUUUAUCCAAUAUAGCUUCAGAGCAAGAGGUGCAGAACAGUACAUCACCCGGUUCAAAUUCAUCCAAAGAUCUGAAUGCUACUUCUUCCUCAUGUUGUCAGAGAGAUCAACCUCAAUCUGAAGAUUCAGACUAACAUGCAUAUCUAGCCAAAACCCACAGAUCCCAGAUAAUGGAGCCAGAUGAGAAUGAAGCGGUUGAUUCUUCCCUAACCUGUCUUCUCACCUGCGCUUGCUGUCUAAUUCACUCACCAGAGUAAAGGGCAUGCAGGACCUACAAAGAACUCAUUCCUUUUAAAAGCAAAAUGACAACAAGCCAAAUGUUAAGACUAUAUCAAAACCUUCUGGGAGUGAAGAAAUAAAUGUCAUCUAAACUGUAAAA